AUGCAACGCCGGUGCGAACGGGACGCGAAGAAAUGGAAAGAAAGUGAACUCGAAUUGCCCAUUAAGUUCAUUUGCCGCAAGGCGACCACGGUGGCGGUCACGGCGGCGGCCACGGAGGUGGUGGAGGUUACGGAGGCGGUUUCGGAGGUGGACACGACGAUCACGGCUUCGGAGGCGGCGGAGGAUACGGCGGCGGUGGUGGUGGCCAUGGAGGCGGACAUGGCGGCGGUGCCUCGCACACGAUUGUUCUUAGCGGAGGUGGCGGUCACGGAGGCGGUCAUGGAGGUGGUUACGGCGGAGGAUUCGGUGGUGGACAUGGAGGAGGAGGAGGAGGAGGUUACGGCGGUGGUCAUGGCGGUGGACAUGGCGGUGGACAUGGAGGCGGCCACGGAGGCGGAGGCCACGGUGGAGGUGGCUACGGAGGCGGCGGUGGAUUCGGAGGAGGAUUUGGCGGAGGUCACGACGAUCACCACGGCGGUGGUGGUGGAUUCGGAGGCGGAGGAGGCUUCGGAGGUGGAUUUGGUGGAGGUCACGAUGACCACCACGGCGGCGGCGGCGGAGGAGGAGGAGGAUACGGAGGCGGUGGUGGUUUCGGAGGUGGAUUUGGCGGCGGUCACGACGACCACCACGGAGGCGGCGGAGGAGGAUACGGAGGCGGUGGUGGAUUUGGCGGCGGAAGUGGAUUCGGAGGAGGACACGACGAUCACCAUGGCGGUGGUGGCGGAGGAUACGGAGGCGGCGGCGGCGGCGGCGGUUUUGGAGGUGGAUUUGGCGGAGGUCACGAUGAUCACCACGGCGGCGGCGGAUUUGGAGGAGGUGGUGGAUUCGGAGGCGGACACGGCGGUGGAUUCGGUGGAGGAUCAGGAUUUGGAGGCGGUGAUCACCAUUCGCACGGAGGAGGAGGAGGAGGCGGAUAUGGUGGAGGCGGCGGCCACGGAGGCGGAGGCAUUAUACACGAUCACCUUUCUGACGGUGGCGGUCACGGAGGAGGUUUCGGAGGCGGUCACGGAGGAGGACACGGUGGUGGCCACGGCAGUAGUUUUGGAGGGUAUCCGUAGUGUUAAAUGUAUGCCAUUAAUAGACAUGUCGGCGGCCGGAGCGCUCAGUACCUCCUUUGCCACGGUAGGGGUAUGUUGCUCUUUUACGAAUAAAAAAAACACGAUAGUAAUUCUUGAUGAAACUCAUCUCAUCUUCAUAAAUGAAUGGUAG